ACACACAAACAAACAUGGCAGUUAAGAGGGCUUUAUGCACAAAUUUCGAUGAAUGACAUGUGAGGCUUUGAUCGGACUUCAGAAUCUCGAAAUGAAGGUUUGGCCAAAAAAAAAAAAGAAUCUUGAAGUGAAAACUGAAAACAAACACUUCGAGUGAAACGGAAAUGGCCUCGCUAUCGGCUGCAAGACCAGCUAAUGUAAUGUUAGGGUUUCCUCCAAGAGCUUUAAUUCCCACGAUUGACGCCAUUAAACUCUGUACCAGGGCUUCUUCAGUAUCUUCCAGGCUCAGGUUUGAUGGUCUCACAAGAUCACAAAUAAGUCAGAGACAUGUGAGAGUUUCUGCAGCGAACUCUGCAUCUGGUUCUGGCAAUGGAAAAACACCUAAUGAAGAAGGUGAAAAGACAAGUAACAGUUCGGAGGGACCCCCAUUGCUUACAAUUCUGGCUGGAGCCUUGGCAUUUCUCUUCUUUUGUUGGCUUAUCGGAUCCACUGUAAUGUGGCUCAUCGGUCUGAUUGUGAGUGUAGCUUCACCCAAAUAGGUUUCGUGUGUAUCAAGCUUUCUUUGUAAUUAUCAGUUUCGUUAAAAUUGUUGGACAUGGCAUGAAACGUUUUUGAUCCAAUACGUGUUUAACGCGUACUAUAAAAUUCGCUCUAUAUUGUGCGUAACUCAUGAUGGAAGAUUAUAGUACUACAAAGAUACUAUAUCCGUCCUUCUUUCAUAAGAUUCAAUUUUUU